AAGGUCUCAAAGGUCGAAGCUUUUUUUGAAAAAAUCAAAAAACUCCAUAAACGACAGUAAUUUCCCGUAAUUACCCAACAAACACAUCGUAAAACACAUUCGUCAUUCCGUCUCGUUGUAAAUACCUCCGAUCCGAAACCAUUUCAACCAAUCAGCGAUCGAGUUCACACAACCAGACACGUUGUUGACACGAAGACCAUCCAAAACAGAAACGUGUUAUUGGUUGGAACUUUUUUACCCCCUGAUUACCUCUUCCAACCCUCCAUACCCUAAAUUUCACUAUCGUUUAUCUCGAUCGAUUGUCGAAAUCGAAAUUCCGAUUUUGGGAAAUUUUAUUAACUGCGUAAUUAAAAUUACUUCGAGUUUUCAUUUUCAACUUACAAGCUGAUUAAAUUAUCUUCACGAAGGCUAAUUUUAGGCUGAAACUUGGUUAAUUGAAAUAAAAACCUACGAAACACCUUAAUCGAUAUGUUGACCUCGCGGAUGUAAUUUCCAAUUUCUAUCGAAAUCACAUCGCUAAAUCGCUACGUUUCAGAUUUUGUGUUUAUCUAGGAGAGUGUGUGUGUGGAUUUGUCGGUAUAAUCUAUCGAGUAUUAACCGUUAAUUUUGGCCGAAAUAUAAUUCAUUCUGUUCGAAAUAAUAGUAUUUGAUAAUCGUACUUAAAAGUAUUAAAAAUGGUUGCUAAUUUGAAAGACAGAAUAAAGAACGGAGAGCUGAACCUCAGUUCGUGCGGAUUGAAAGAAAUACCUCUAAAAGAAAUCGCUGGUUUGAAACAUGUCAUUUCGUUAAAUCUAUCUAACAACAAAAUAGCCUCGAUUCCGAAAGGACUAGGCACAGUAACACACCUACAAAGAAUAGACCUAAGUAAAAAUCAAAUCAAAGGAUUACCCGAUGGUAUUGGUAAUUUAACUAAUUUAAAAUACUUUAACUUGAGUAAAAACCAAUUAGCCACGUUACCGGCUACGUUCGGAAAUUUGAGAAGUCUCAAGCAUUUAGAUGUAAGCAAUAAUCCAUUGGCGCAAAAGUUUUCCGAAUUAGUAGGCCCUUGUCAGACCGAAAGCCAGUGCCAACAAGCUGCCAAAAACAUUUUGAAAGCUUUAUCAUCCCAAUCUGAUACUGACAAAAAGAAGAAACAAAAAGAAGCAGAGCAAGAAUCAAAGAAGAAGAAAAAUGACAAAAAAGCUCAAAAUGGAGGUAUCGCCACACAAACCAAACAAAAAGAUCGUAAACAGAAGAAACCGAGCAAAGGAUUCUUUGGAAAACUGGUCGACUGGAUUUCGUUCAUGUUCAAAGUCAAUCUAUUCAUCGUUUUCGUCACGAUCGCCGCCUUAUACACCCUGUCAUUCGUGAACGAACCGUACUACAGAUCGCUGAAAUCGCAGGCGUAUCCGGUAUUCCAUUCGGCGUUGACUCGAGUCUUGAGCGAAGACUCGACCGUCAAAGUCGAGGCAAUCUUGAAGCAGACGGAGACCACGGUCAACACUACGGUCAUCACCGGAGCUAAAUUCGUAUCGGCUCAAUCGCAAAGGUUCUACACCUACGUGACCACCGACCCGACCAUCCAACGUUACAUCUCCAGCGCCAAAACAUCCAUCAACGAUUUAUACAAUAAAAUAAAAAGCGCCGGAGGCGGCGAACAAAAAUCCUGAGGUUGGAUCGCGUUAAUCAUAUUAUGGGUUUUUGAAAAAUGUUAAAACGUGAGGCGAUUCCAGUCUGUAUUUACCUCCCCCCCUCUCUCUAUUUACUUUUUUCGCCUCGUUGAAAUUCUCAUUCGGUAAUUCACUCUCCUUAUACGUAUAUUGUCUAAUUUUUUUGUGAUAAUGAUUGUUAUUAUGUAUGUAGAAAAUUUCAUCGAGCGGUACUUUUUAGCCCUUCUUUUUAUUUAAUAUAAUUUGCCAGCGUUUUUAAUCAUCAUCCUUCUGUAUCUCUAUGUAUAUAGAAGUAAAAAAUAAUCUAAUUUUUCACCGCGUGUUGAAAACCGUGUACAUUUUUUUUUCACCUAUCGAUUUAAAAAAAAAACAAAAAACAUUUUAAAAUACUAUAAAACAUUUCGGAAAAUCAAGUUUUUAUUCUUAAUUUCUCUCGUUAAGCUUUUUUCAAGUACGCUGUAAGAUUAAUUGUAACGCUUAAUUUAUAAUUUAUUAUUAAUUUUUAAACGAAUGAAAGGAAAUUAUCUAAAAAAAUGUGAAUUUUGUGAUUUAAUAAAAUCAUGUUAUCUUGUUACGAAGUGUGUUUUUUUUUCUUCUUGUCGAAAGUGCAUUCCGAUUUGUUAUAAAGUUACGAGUUUCUAUUUUAGCUUGUAUAGUAUUUUCCCCCUCCCCUCAUACCAUCUGUUUCCACCGUAUUAUGAUUUUACCUUUUCUUGUUUUGGCCCGAUUUAUAGUAUUUUAUACGAUAUGCAUUAAUUAUUUUUUCGUUAUAAUAUCAUAAUAGGUUAUUUAUUUUUUUGUGUAUACAAAUACGGUCGAUUCGUGUGUUAUAAAGAGUGUUUCGAAUUUCGAUGAUGUUAUAAUACGGUGUUCUUAAAAAUCAUACACAUAUACAAUAUUCAGUUGAAAAUUAUUGUAGUUGUAUUCUUUUUUUUUUGUAAAAUUUAAUUUUUUUUUAAUAUAACUGUUGCCCGAAA